GAAACAAGCACGAAGUAUGAACCGUUGCCGAACGCCAUCAAGACCGAUCCCGAUAGGGAUGAGAUUAACGUUUCUGCGGAAGUGCUCAGAAGUUUGAGCGAUAAGCGAGCAAAAACCAAGAAUGCUGCCUCCAGUGACGUUGAGACGGAUGACAUGCCAACAAGCGAGCUGUUCCCCGUUAAAAAAGCACUGCGCUACAAUAAGAACUCUGGAAAAUACGAUGACAUUUCUUACUAG